UUACAGUGCCACGACUUCAGUCAGCAACACAUCGACGCAAAGCAAUACGCGGCUGGGGAUGCCCUCGGGGAAUCGGUAGACAAUUUCGGACCACCUACUUUGGAAAGGAAUUUUUUUGCCGUUUUUUUCAGUUUUUCAAAGACUUAGAAGUUGGACGAAAGAAGAUUCGGACAAGGGCUCGUAACUGCCUUUCCAAAGUAGGGAGAUUUCUGGGAUAGCUGCGCAGGGUACCGCAAAGUGGUGAGAAGCAAAAUCAGGUAGCAGAAAUGGAGUUUUAUGACCCUCAGAUGCUUGGAGUCAUGGUCUUUGGAGGAUUCAUGCUUGUCUCAGCUGUGGGAAUAUUCCUGGUGUCCACCUUUUCUAUGAAAGAGACAACUUAUGAAGAAGCUCUGGCAAAACAGCGCAAAGAGCUGGAGAAAGCCAGUCAGCAUAAGAUGGAAAAGAAAAAGAAAGAGAAACCUGUGGAAAAGAAAGGAAAAGGGAAAAGGGGGGAGGAAAAACCUAAUGGCAAAAUACCUGAGCCAGAUCUGGGAUUGGAUGCUUCUGACAGUUUUAAAGAUGCUGGUCCUGAACCAGUUUUGGUCAUUGAACCAAUAGUCUCUCAGUUACCGGUUACAUCAGUUUCAGCUGCUCCUCAGGUGGAAAAGUUAGACCCAUCUCCUAAAGACAAGAAAAAGAAGGAAAAAAAGAAGAGGUUGGAGCCAGUUCCUAACCUCACAGUUUCUUCUCCAGAAAAUAUACCUUCAAAAGAUCUGGUUUCUGAUGGGGAGCCCAAGGAGGUGCCAGUAAGUGCUUUUCCAUCAUUGACAUCUCAGCAGCAUAGCCCAUUUAUUAACGUGUUGACUGUCAAAACAUCAGAAGAUCUUGGAAACCAAGAAGAAUUGAAACAUGAUAGAGAGUCUAAAAAGAAAACUUCUGCUAAAAAGAAGAGAGACUCAACUACCACAGAUGAUGAUAGUAUCCUUUACAUUCCCUACAAAACUUUGAUUUCCAUAAUCAAAAGUAUGUUUUUUGAUGAAAGUGAGAUCCAACAGCUGAUUGAAAUCCUAACCGAGAAAGCAGGAGGAGUUCAGGAUCCGUGGCUUGUGGCAACUCAGAAAGGUGACCCCAUUACUGUUCUAAAACGGCAACUAGAAGAGAAAGAAAAACAACUUGCAGUGGAGCAGGAAAAUGCAACUGCUAUAAAAGCUAAACUGAAGGAACUUACAAAGGAAUUUGCAUUUGAGAAGGCAAAGACCAUCACUACUGAGAAUAAGUGGAAAGAGCAACUGCAGACACAGAAGCAAGAAAUGUCCACUGUACAAACCCAAAUGCAGGCCACUAAUCAGGAGCAUAAGAGGCAGAUACAACAGUUGCAAGAAAAGAUUCAGAUGCUACAAGAACAGCUGGAGAAUGGCUCUAAUGCCCAGCUUGCUCGUUUGCAGCAAGAAAAUUGCAUUCUCAGAGAUGCUUUAAACCAAGCGACAAGCCAGACUGAAAGCAAGCAAAAUACUGAACUAGCUAAAUUGCGUCAGGAAUAUAAUAAAGUAAGCAAAGAGUUGACUGAAAAGAUGGAGGUUUUACAACAGGUAGAGGAACAGAAGAGGAUCCUGGAUAUGAAGGCUGUUGCCUGUGAAGAACAAAUCCACCAGUUGCAGAUAUCCCAAAAAGAAAGUGAAGCCCAGUUACAGAAGAGCUUGGAUGAAGUCAGGGAAGAACUCUGCAAAUCUCAGGCCAGUUAUCAAAGUUUGCAGACAGAGCUGGAAAAGGCAAAAGAGCAGCAGUUCAAUUUUGCUGAACUGGAGCCUAAACUAUUGUGCUCUGAAAUGGAGGUGAAGAGAAGGGUAGAAGAAUGUAAUAAUUUACACCUUAAAUUAUCAGAAGCAACUUCCAUAAACCUCCAGCUUGAAGAAAAGAUUAAAUUAACUGAAGCCCUCCUGGAGGCAAGCCAAAUGAGAGAAGUGGAGAAAAACAAAGAUAUACAGGAAGCAAAUAAAGCAGAAAUUAGCAUUCUUCUGUUAAGGUUACAGGAAUCGUCUACCCAGGCCUCCACACUGGAGGAUGAAGCUUCAAAAUUAAAGCAUAUAGUUGAACAGCUGAAAAUGGAAAACAAUGACCUGGCAAUUUCAUUAGGAGAAGCAAAUGAGGCACUGCACACACUACAAGCAAAAUCUGAUCAGUAUAGAAAUAUUCUUGCAGAGACUGAAAAAAUGCUGAAGGACUUGCAGAAGCGGGUGGUGGAGGAGGAGCAGGUGUGGCAAGAGAAGCUGGUUGCAUCUGAAGAAGCGCUUGCAAAGUUAAAAGAAUAUACUACUCUUUUGGAAGCACAGCUGGAAGAUCACUUGGCAGUUGCUGAACAACAAAACUGCACUAAAGAAGUUGAAGUUUUGAGACAGCUGUUAACUGAAUCACAAGAACAAAUGGAUACAACAAAAAUAGAAACACUGAAACAAAGUCAAGAGCUUGCCCAGAAUCGAGAUUUGGUGUACAGCUUGCAAGCUGAAUUGGAGAAACUAAGAUGUGAUAGGAAAGAUUCUGCGUAUGCAAAAGAGGAAGUUCUCCAACUUCAGGAGACACUGGAUAAAGAAAAGAAGUUAACAAAGGAUUUGGGAUGUGCAGCUACCAAACUAAAAGAGCUUUUGAAGGUCACCCAAGAACAGCUAUCCAAAGAAAGAGAAGCAGUGAUGAAAUUACAAGAACAGCUUCAAAAAAGGGAAGAAAAUGAAGACAUUGUCAAAGAAGGUACAUCUGUUUGACAGAUCAAGAAUCUAGGAUGUGCACUUUAUCAGACUUAAAUGCUUUAUAUAUUCCUAAAGUAUACACUUGUUUACUGUAAAGGGAAAUAAAUAAAACAAUAGUGACCAGAAAUUGUUAUUUUAAAAAGAAAUAAAAUAAAUACUUU